UCUGACCGGAGCAGCGCGUGGAUCCGGGCUCAGGCUCUCUGCCCGCCGCUGUUUGGAUGCUGCCGCUCGGACUGAGACUGGAGGCUGCCGCAUCCCUGAACAAACCGCGUUUUUUUAACUACAUAUAACAGUGACAGAGUAAAGAGACGGAGGAGCAGCACCGUGUUUCGCUUCCAGUCGCCGGUGAAGACAGGCGGUCGCGGUCCGGUGGAGAUGGAGCGGUGGAAAGGCAGAGUGGCCCUGGUGACCGGAGCCUCGGUGGGGAUCGGAGCGGCUGUAGCCCGGGCACUGGUCCAGCAGGGCAUGAGGGUCGUCGGCUGUGCCAGAAAUGUGGACAAAAUAGAGAAGCUGGCAGCAGAGUGUCAGAGUGCAGGCUACAGCGGCACCCUGAUCCCUUAUAAGUGUGACCUGUCCAACGAGGAGGAGAUCCUGUCCAUGUUUUCAGCCAUCAAGACGCUGCACAAGGGCGUGGACGUUUGCAUCAACAACGCUGGACUCGCACACAACGAGCCCUUGCUCAGCGGAAAGACAGAGGGCUGGAGGAACAUGAUCGACGUGAAUGUCUUAGCCUUGUCUAUCUGCACCCGCGAGGCGUACAAAUCAAUGAAGGAGAGGAACGUGGACGACGGCCACAUCAUCAAUAUUAACAGUAUGGGGGGACAUCGAGUGGUGCCGAGUGCUGACGAGCAUUUCUACUGCGCCACUAAAUACGCUGUGACCGCUCUGACUGAGGGGAUUCGGCAAGAGCUUCGAGAAGCAAACACCCACAUCAGAGCCACGUGUAUAUCUCCUGGAAUCGUGGAGACUGAGUUUGCCUUCAGGCAUCACAACAGCGAUCCGGAGAAAGCAGCCGCGGUGUACGAGAGUAUGAAAUGUUUGAAAGCAGAAGACAUAGCCAGUGCAGUCACUUUUGUCCUCAGUGCCCCUCCUCAUGUCCAGAUUGGAGAUGUGCAGAUGAGGCCGGUGGAGCAGGUGUCAUAGCAGUGAAACAGGAAGCUGCAGGAGCAGACGGACAGCAGCCAUGGUGACUCCUUAGUGACCUCUGCUGGGCGAGGGGAGCGGGUGGGGGUGGGAGGGGGGACAAAUAAACUUCAGCUGUGUUGGAUCUGCAGGGACGUGGUCGAAGAUGGCCGGAGCCUUGAGGAGGCUGAGCGAGGAAACGAGGGGGCGUGGACUUUGUAAACCACUACAGAAAUACUACUGAACGCGGCGACCUGGCGUCUGCGAAGCCCGGCGCUGAACUGAGCUGAGUCCAAACUACAGUAGGAACAAAACACAGAGGAGGGAGUCGCUGCUGCUGCGCUGCAUGGUCAUCUGCACGACCAUCACUUCAGAGGGAAGAGUAUGCCAUUGAUUGCACAUAUAUUUUUUUUUUUUUUGUAGGUCAUAUGACAUAUCUUUUUGACAUUAAAUGGAGAGUAAUUGCUGUUUAUAAGAUUUUUUUUUUUAAUGGAUAUUUUAACUUUCGAUCAUAGAUAGAUUUGGUCUCAUACUCGCUAACCGUAGACAGUACUGUCCACUGUAACUAACCUUCGCCGGUGUGUCCAUCCUGCCGCAUUUACUCACCGAAUGUUUCCACAAACACCUUCAGUUCCCCUUCUUUGGAUUUUUACGUUUCAGGAAAAGUGCAGAUGCAAUAUUUCACCGCUCAAAUGACCGUUUGUAUUUCAGUUUCUCCCCUUGUGUUGUGUUGAACCUAAUUUACCCAAAAACUGAGACAAUUCUUAAUGAAACAAAGUCAUAGGAGUUACCGGUGGGAAUCCCGAUACCUGGCCCACGAUAAUGAUGCUAUCACGAUGUUGCGAUUCUGCGAUAAUUGAUAUAUGCAAGACAAGUCAUCCAUGAUGCAUCACAAUAUUUGUGAUUAGGGACAAAAAAUACCCCUCAAGAACUGGGUCAGGACCAUAGACUGUAUAUAAAGACACGCCCCCACUUAGCUAUGCUGAAGUGAGAUUAAAAUAUCCGAAAUUCGGGCAUUUCCAUCUUGUGAGGAUGAUGUCAUUGAGAGCCGGAUUCUGCGCAGUAGCAAUAUUAGCAAUACACAGUAGGGGAGUUCCCGCCAAAACACCCGUUCUCCAUUGAAUGUGAGUGCUCAGAUUGGCUGUCACAGCUG